AUGAAGCUUCAACUGGGAAUUGCCCUUUUAUGCAUUAUUUGCUUAAUCUGGACUCAAGAAAUUCUUUGCGAUGAACCUUUUAAUACAUCUAGCACAAACAAGUGGACAUGUACCUGUUCUUCUGCAUAUCAAGGGAACCAGAGCUUUGCUAUCUCGACUAAUUGUUCUUCAUCCUGUGAUUGCAGUCUUGCUGCAGGAGGAUCAAAUGGAAACAAAUGGAUAUGCAUUUGUGCUGCUGAUGGAUUCCCUAAAUUGGCUGCUGAUAGUAAUGAUACAAACUGUUUCACGACCUGCAAUUGUAAUUCAGGAUCUUCAAGUGGGUCGCAAUCUUCGAACAAGCGUAUUUCCAGCAAAGUUGUUCUGCCCAUUCUCCUACUAUGUGUAAUACUAGCAACUCUUGCAUUCAUUGCUUCGGUAGUAUGUUAUUUCUAUCGGAAGGACAAAUGUCCUACUCAACGGCCUCUAUUCUCACCAGAAAAAGAUACCAGAUGCAACAGUUCUACCAACCUAAUAAGCCAUAGAUUUUCUUCAGUGUCGGACUACAAAAUCUAUUUAGGUUCCCCAGUCAAUCCUAUCUCAGGGUGCAUUCACAAGGCUUCUUUCUCAUUCAGAAGCAAAGCAAGAACAAUGCCUGGAACAAUUAUACAGUUUUCAUAUUCUGAUUUGGAAAAUGCAACGUAUAAGUUCUCUGACUCUACUUUGAUAGGAGCUGGGGGAAGCAGCCACGUUUACUGUGGCCAUCUUAAAGAUGGUGGAACUGUGGCAAUCAAGAGAAUAAAAGCUCAGGGAGGGCCAGAUGCAGAAUCUCUAUUUUUGACAGAGAUUGAAGUGAUAUCAAGACUCCAUCAUUGUAAUGUGGUACCUUUGCUUGGCUACUGCUCAGAGUACCAAGGAAAACAAGUUGAGAGGCUGCUAGUAUUUCAGUACAUGACCAAAGGUAAUCUGAGAGAGUGUCUGAAUGGGGCCUCAGGCAUAUGCCUGGACUGGGGUGCUCGGGUUGCAAUUGCACUUGGAGCUGCAAGGGGCCUGGAAUAUCUCCAUGAAGCAGCUGCUCCGAGAAUCUUGCAUAGAGAUGUCAAAUCUACAAACAUUCUUUUGGAUGAGAACUGGACUGCCAAGAUUACUGAUCUUGGUAUGGCUAAACAUUUAACAACUGAUGGCCUACCCAGUAGUUCCAGUUCUCCUGUAAGAAUGCAGGGGACAUUUGGCUAUUUUGCACCUGAAUAUGCAAUUAUUGGAAGAGCUUCUCUGAAGUCAGAUGUUUUCAGUUUUGGGGUAGUUCUUCUUGAGCUAAUUAGUGGCCGGCAACCCAUCCGUAAGACAGCCAACAAUGGGGAAGAGAGCCUUGUCAUAUGGGUAUAG